CCGCCGGGUGCCCAGCCCCAGUGGCUUUCUCGGCGCCGGCCUCGCCUGCAGCUCGCUCGGCGCGCUCGGGGCUCGAUGCGCUGGAGAUCGAGGGGGGCUCCGGAUCCCAGCCCACCCGUGGACGACGACGACGCUGCCGCAACGCGCCCGAAGUUCGCCUGGAGAUGCCCUGUAUCCAAACUCAAUAUGGGACCUUGCUUCAGAGCGGAGGACCCUGUGAGCGUUAUCCAGCAGACCUCUUGACCUCUGAGCUUGGCAAAUCCACCAUGGACCUGGUGAACACAGAGAUUGCAGCUGCCACCACCUCUCUGCCCAGUUUCAGCACGUUCAUGGACAAUUAUACUGGUGAAUUUGACGCUUUCCUCUACCAGAUCCCAGCAGCAAACCCUGCCACAGCGUCCUUCAAGCUGGAGGAUUUCCAAGUGUACGGCUGUUACCCCGGCUCUUUCAGCAGUCAGUUGGAUGAGACCAUGUCCUCAAGUGGCUCAGACUAUUAUGGCAGCCCAUGCUCUGUCCCCUCCCCUUCCACACCAAGCUUCCAGACUUCCCAGGGGCCAUCUUGGGAGAACUCCUUUGGGGCCUAUUCUCCCCCUCACACCUACGACGGCAUGAGGUCAUGGGUGGUUGGAGCAACGACGACAGAGCCACCAAAAACAGGUUCUGCCCAGCCUUCCUAUUUCUCCUUUGGCCCCUCCACUCACAACCCUGGGAUCCCCCCUCAGAGUCCCCUGAAGAUGCAGUCAGCCGCACACCAGCACUUGGUGGAUGGAGAUGUCUUCUCGCUUCCACAAACCUCCCCUUCAUUGAGCUAUUCCCCCUUGCCGCUCAACCAAGCUUCUCCAGUCCUGGACAGCCCUAGCUUGAUGGACAAUUCCCUCUCUCCAACGAAGGCACGGAGUCCUGGUUCCAAUGAGGGGCGCUGUGCUGUUUGUGGGGACAACGCCUCGUGUCAGCACUAUGGUGUCCGGACCUGUGAAGGCUGCAAGGGUUUCUUCAAGCGCACAGUACAGAAGAAUGCCAAGUACAUCUGCUUAGCCAACAAAGACUGCCCUGUGGAUAAACGGCGGAGAAACCGUUGCCAGUUCUGUCGCUUCCAGAAGUGCCUGGCAGUGGGAAUGGUCAAAGAAGUGGUGCGGACAGACAGCUUGAAAGGCCGCCGUGGUCGGCUGCCCUCCAAGCCCAAACAAGCUCAAGACGCUUCCCCAGUCAGCCUCAUCUCGUCUCUCGUGAGAGCACACAUAGAUUCCAUCCCCAGUGCCAUUAAACUUGAUUAUUCCAAGUUCCAGGAAAAUGUCUCAUACCAGUUUGAGAAGGAAGACUGCAUGGAUGUACAGCAGUUCUAUGACCUAUUGACGGGCUCAAUGGAUGUCAUCCGGAAGUGGGCCGAGAAGAUCCAGGGCUUUCUAGAACUUCCAAAAGAUGAUCAAGACUUGCUUUUGGAGUCUGCUUUCCUCGAACUCUUCAUUCUCCGGCUAGCAUACAGGUCCAAGCCAGAAGAGGGCAAGCUGAUCUUCUGCAACGGAGUGGUGCUGCAUCGCAUGCAAUGUGUCCGGGGCUUUGGGGAAUGGAUAGAUUCCAUUAUAGAAUUCUCCCAGAGCCUCCAUCGCAUGAACAUUGAUGUGCCCUCCUUCUCCUGCCUUGCUGCCCUUGUCAUAAUCACAGACCGCCAUGGCCUAAAAGAACCCAAGAAGGUUGAGGACCUCCAGAACCGCAUUGUCAGCUGCCUUAAAGACCAUGUAACUUCUACCACCAAUGAACAGGUACAUCCAAACUGCCUCUCCAAGUUGCUGAGCAAACUCCCAGAACUCCGCACCCUCUGCACCCAGGGCCUACAGCGUAUCUUCUACCUGAAGCUGGAGGACUUGGUGCCCCCGCCUCCCAUCGUGGAUAAAAUAUUCAUGGACACUUUGCCUUUCUGAGGACUCGGCUAGGGAUGAAGGAGGUUUUUUCCUUCUCUGCUGCAUCCCCUUUCCUGGAUAGAAAAAACUGGCAGAAGAAAUUCCCUGCCAUCCACCAUCUGGAGGGGAAACUGCAGGGACAUUUACAGAGACAAUGGAAGGGCAUUGGCGCACACCAGUGGUUAAUGACUGACGAUCACAGAAGACCCAAUGCUAUCUUUCCCCCAAUGCUAUCUCUCCCCCUUUUUUCCCUUUUAAGCUUAGAGGCUACUGGGACAUUCAAAAUUGUCAUGAGGUUCUCUCUGAACUUGGGACAACUUCUUGGGUCUUUCUUUUUUUUAACCUUGGGGGGGGGGAAAUCUCAGUGUGCCUUCUAGAGUUACAUGCACAAUAUCCCUAAAUGAUGCUGCCUUUCCCCGUGGCCUGCUUAUGGCUUCUUGUGCAAUAUAGCACUUAAAUUCCAUAUAGCUGCACCAGUCGCCUUUCUGGAACACUUUGUAUAAUGCUGUCCACUGUUGCAGGCAAGGGACUUGAGAUGCAAAGAGUUGCCUUCUCAUUUCAUGCUUUUUUUCCCCUGAGCUGCCAGCCCUGGGUCAAGUCUGGCCAAGACUUUGCUCCCAGAUGUGGGACUGGGAAUUUCAUCGCACACCCGCCCCGCAUAGAAGCCCCUUGUAUCCGGCACUUGUUGCAUUGGGGAUCAUUAUGCCGUCAAUCAGCAUGCCUCCACUGGAUGGUUUUCUACCCGCCUGCUGCUUUUGUCAAUUGCAGUCAAGUUUUUGUCAGGUUCUCUUUUUGUAAAAGUUGUAUAUAUGUGUACAUAUAAAUAUUUGAGCUCAGCAGCAUGUCAGUCUUGUAAAUACAGGUGAAUGAAUGAAGAGCAGAGGUUGGAAUGGGAUGGAAAGGGGGGGCUCUUGUGCCUGACAGUUGUGCCGUGCCCGACACCCUCUGCCUUUCUGUGUACAUAAACUUUGUAUUGUAAAGUUCACCAAUUUUUUUGACAUUUAUAUUUGUCUACCCCCGCUUUCCAAUUUCCAGUAUGUGACUUUUCAAUUAUUAAUAUAUAUUUAAUACAUUGAAUAAAAAAAUACCCUGAGUAGAUGUAA